CCUCCUCCAUUUCCAUUCGUGCAGACUCUGCAGAGCUUUGUUAUGACCGCCGGGCUGAUAGCGGACAUACCUGGAUCCCUGCUGCCCGGGCCCCGCCGGCCAAUGUCUCUGCGCUCCUGCCCUGUUCGGCACCAUGGACAGAGACCCCUCCUGCUGCUCCAGUCCCUGCAAUGCUGAUGCAUCUCCCAUCUCCCCAGCCUGGUCCCCGUAAUACCUGCUGUUACCUGCUGCUGCUGCCAGUGUGUGGAUGUGACGGGAUCUCUGUACUGCAGCCACAGCGACACAUUACUGCUGCACCUGCAUAUGAUCAACCCGGAAUUCACACAUCGCGUCGCUCGAUGUACUAAGCGGAGGAUCAGUACAGCCUACUCGCAUCCUCAUUCAUCUGAGGAAAUGUGAAAAUUUCCCAAGUGGCCUAUUACAUAUAAAAUCCCCGGGCUGGGGGCUAAGAGCCGGUUCCCGUUUCUGCGCGUGUUUCGGGAUCUGCUGCUGCCUGCUAAUACACUGUUCGGGGUGUCUGCUCCCAUCUCCCACCUGUGCUGUGUGCUGGAACGGAGCCCGCCGCCAGGAGACCUUGAUAUUGAUUGGGGUCACAGAGAGGAUGCAGCUGCUGCCGCCCGGCCCCCAUGCUCUGCUCUCACCCUGCUGCCCCUAAGCAGCCUCUGCACCGGCCGGCAUGUCACUGCGGUCUCCCUGACUUAACACAUCACUACUAGCCCCUGUCCUGUGUGCCCUCGGCCAUGUGGCUGAGCCCGGAGGAAGUGCUGCUGGCAAACGCCCUGUGGAUAACGGAGAGGGCCAAUCCUUAUUUCAUCCUACAGAGGAGGAAGGGGCAUGGGACCAGAGGAGGCGGGGGGCUCGCUGGUUUGCUGGUUGGGACACUGGAUGUAGUAUUGGACUCAAGUGCAAGGGUAGCACCUUAUCGCAUCCUUUAUCAGACUCCUGACUCUCUCGUAUACUGGAUAAUCGCUUGUGGGGGCUCACGGAGGGAGGUGACUGAGCACUGGGAAUGGCUGGAGAUUAACCUGCUGCAGACGCUCUCCAUUUUUGAAAAUGAAAAUGACAUUACCACAUUUGUUAAAGGAAAAAUACAGGGCAUCAUUGCUGAAUAUAAUAAAAUCAAUGGAGUGAAAGAAGAUGAUGACACUGACAAAUUUAAGGAGGCAAUAGUGAAGUUCCACAAACUUUUUGGCAUGCCAGAUGAAGAGAAGUUGGUGAAUUACUAUUCCUGCAGUUACUGGAAGGGCAGAGUACCUCGCCAAGGAUGGAUGUACCUGAGCAUCAAUCACCUUUGCUUCUAUUCCUUUCUGCUGGGGAGAGAAGCCAAGCUGGUGAUCCGAUGGGUGGAUAUAACACAGCUGGAAAAGACUGCUACCCUACUUCUCCCUGACAUGAUUAAAGUCAGCACUCGGUCUAGUGAACAUUUCUUUUCAGUCUUUCUCAACAUAUUGGAAACUUUCAAAUUAAUGGAGCAGUUGGCCAACAUAGCCAUGAGGCAGCUCUUGGAUAAUGAGGGGUUUGAGCAAGAUCGAUCCUUACCGAAAUUAAAAAAGAAAUCCCCUCAAAAAGUAUCUGCCUUAAAAAGAGAUUUGGAUGCUCGAGCCAAAAGUGAAAGGUACCGGGCUGUCUUCCGUCUUCCCAAGGAUGAGAAGUUAGAUGGACACACAGACUGCACGCUGUGGACACCCUUCAGUAAGAGGCACAUUGUGGGGCAAAUGUUCGUUUCUACAAAUUACAUCUGCUUCACUAGUAAGGAAGAGAACCUGUGCAGCUUGAUCAUUCCACUGCGGGAGGUGACAAUCGUGGAGAAAGCCGACAGCUCCAGUGUCCUGCCCAGCCCGCUGUCUAUCAGCACCAAGAACAGAAUGACUUUCCUAUUUGCAAACUUGAAGGACAGAGACUUUCUGGUGCAGAGAAUAUCAGAUUUCCUGCAGCAAACUACCCUGAAAAUGUACUAUAAUAAAGAUAUUUCUGGGAGUGACAGCAGCAUGGAAGAGGAGGUCUACUCAUGGGGCGGCAGCUUUGUUUCCUGUAGUCCUCUGCAAAGACUGGGAGCAGAAGCAGAUGGGAAUAGACAAGUAAACAUUAAUGGCAACAGUGCUCCGACAGCUACACAGACGUUAAUGACCAUGUAUCGCAGGAGGUCGCCAGAAGAAUUCAACCCCAAACUGGCCAAAGAGUUUCUUAAGGAGCAGGCAUGGAAGCUGCACUUUGCGGAGUAUGGCCAGGGUAUCUGCAUGUACCGCACACAGAAAACAAGGGACCUGGUGCUGAAAGGUAUCCCAGAGAGCAUGCGUGGGGAGCUGUGGCUGCUGUUUUCUGGUGCUAUAAAUGAAAUGGCAACACAUCCAGGGUAUUAUGAAGAGCUGGUGGAGAAGUCUAUGGGCAAAUAUAACCUCGCCACAGAGGAGAUAGAAAGGGAUUUACACCGUUCCCUCCCAGAACAUCCUGCAUUCCAAAAUGAAAUUGGAAUCUCCGCCUUGAGGAGAGUUCUCACUGCUUAUGCCUUCCGGAACCCAAACAUUGGGUACUGCCAGGCUAUGAAUAUUGUUACAUCUGUGCUGCUUCUGUACGCCAAGGAAGAAGAGGCCUUCUGGCUGUUGGUUGCUCUCUGUGAGCGCAUGCUUCCUGACUAUUACAAUACAAGGGUUGUUGGAGCUCUUGUGGAUCAAGGCGUGUUUGAGGAGCUGGCCCACGAUUAUGUGCCUCAGCUUUAUGACUGUAUGCAAGACCUGGGCGUGAUUUCCACCAUCUCCCUCUCAUGGUUCCUCACUUUAUUCCUCAGCGUUAUGCCCUUUGAAAGUGCUGUGGUAGUUGUGGAUUGUUUUUUCUAUGAAGGCAUUAAGGUCAUAUUCCAGCUUGCACUUGCGGUGCUAGAGGCCAACGUGGACAAACUCCUAAACUGUAAAGAUGAUGGAGAAGCGAUGACUGUCUUAGGAAGGUAUUUGGAUAGUGUAAGUAACAAAGAUAGCACAUUACCACCAAUUCCUCAUCUUCACUCCUUGCUCACUGACUCUAUGGAGCCUUACCCGGAAGUGGACAUAUUUGCAGUGAUUGCUGACUCUUAUCAGAAAUUUGGAUCAAUACGAGCAGAUCUUAUAGAACAAAUGAGAUUCAAACAAAGACUAAAAGUGAUACAGACCCUUGAGGACACUACAAAACGUAAUGUGGUCCGCACUAUUGUGACUGACACGGCAUUCACUAUUGAUGAGCUGGAAGAACUGUAUGCACUUUUUAAGGCUGAGCACCUGACCAGCUGCUACUGGGGUGGUAACAACAGCUUCAUUGAACGUCAUGACCUUGCCCUUCCUUAUCUUGAACAAUACCGCAUAGACUUCCAACAAUUCAAGAGCAUGUUUGUCCUGCUCUUUCCAUGGGCAUGUGGUACGCACACAGAUACCAUGGCUGUCCGUCUCUUCAGGCUUCUAGAUGAGAAUGGGGACUGUCUGAUCAACUUCCGAGAGUUUGUCUCUGGGCUAAGUGCAGCCUGCCAUGGUGACCUCACAGAAAAACUGAAGCUGUUAUACAGGAUGCAUAUAUUGCCUGAGUUGUCACCUGAUCAAGAAGAGCCAGAUUCUGCUUUUGAAGCCACUCAGUACUUCUUUGAAGACAUUGCUCCGGAGUGUAGCCACGCUGCGCUUGAGUUGGCAAACAAGAAAGUGACAGAAGAAGGCUAUGUUGCAGUCAGUCUUAAAACAGCUAAAGUUAAAAAGACAAGUCAGAGCAAUCGAUAUUACCUUCGUAUGUGGGCACAAGAGAACAGGUCAAGGCAAAAGGAUCCAAAAGAACUGCCCAAAUUAAACCAGGAACAGUUUAUUGAAUUGUGCAAGACUAUGUAUAAUAUGUUCAGUGAGGACUCUCGUGAGCAAGAACUGUACCACGCCACAGCAGCAGUCACCAGUUUGCUGCUUGAGAUUGGUGAGGUGGGCAAGUUCUUAUCCUCCGAGGCAACAGAAACAACUCCCACUAACAACUGCAAGCAGGCUUCAGGGCGAACCCAUGAGAAGAAGCCUGUCCAAACUUACCAGUAUGCACAGUCAGGGGCCUUCUCUGACAGUCCUGUUCCCAGUGACCCUGCAGAAGAACUUCACUCUGAUCAGAUGGAGGAGGUGAAACUAGAAGACUCUUCUCCUAGAGACAGUGGGGCCUGUACAUCAAUGCUUAUAUCAGAUGAUGAGACGAAAGACGAUAGCUCCAUGUCAUCUUACUCUGUGUUAAGUGCCGGGUCACAUGAGGAUGACAAAUUGCAGUGUGAAGACAUUGGGGAUGACACAAUUCUUGUACGAAGUAAUCACCGAGCUUCUUUGCCUGCUAGCAAUAGCCUAGACGGUGACUGGACCAUUACAUUUGAACAGUUCCUUGCCUCUCUCUUGACCGAGCCAGCCCUUGUGAGGUACUUCGACAAACCGGUUUCCUUAAUGGCAAGGAUUACUAAUGCGAAAAACCUCCAAAUGAUGGGAAGAGCUUUACCUUCUACAAGUGACUAUGACAUUACUACCAUCUCUGGAUGAAGAGAGUGGCUUUAAAACAUCACUGUAUUAACUGAGGCUUACUAAAAACAAUCGGUCCCAUGAUACAAGUAUAAACCGUUUUAAUGUUUUGGCUGGAAAAAUAACCAAAUUGCACAAUCGCCAUCUAAAUAAUUCCUAAGGAUCUUACAGAUUCUAAACCAACAUUUUUAAAGACACAUCGCCAUGAUAUAGGCACGAGUGCAAACUAUUUUAAAUAAAUCAUGAGGGAUUUUUAAAAUAAAAAUAUUAUCUUAAAAUAAUUAUAAAACAUAAAUGUUAUUAUGUAACCUCUGUAAGACAACUGUAUUGCCGAUAUGGUAAACAUUGUAAUCUGAGAACAUGUCCUUGUAAUGUUCCAAAGUGAAAUACUGUACUUCCUGUUUACUUUUAAAUACUGUAAAUAAGUUUUCAUGUGAACUAGAAGUCUAUACGGCUAUACAGCAUAUUAGGUCAGCGGAAAUGCAUCGCCACUUUAUCAUAUAAAAUCCCAAUUGCUCCAGAGCUAGUAUUGAUGUACUUAAGCACCUGCACUUUGAAUACUAUUUGAUUAGCAAACUUGUCUGUUUAGUUUUGAUUUCAUCAAUCCCAUUGACCAAAUCAGAAAAGUCUGCUUCCUGUGUCCCCGCUGUUGCUGAACAACAGCUACCAUAAUGCUCCUCCUGGCAGGUGUGCUCAUCUCUACCUGUAUGAGAUGAUCGGAUCAGCGCUGGGCGCUGGAGCACAUGUAAGAAAUGAAGUGUGAGGCUAUUGGCUGCAGGACAUUUUGUGGGAUACUAGCCUGAAGUGCAGAAAGCUGACCAUUAUGACCUGAUUUCAUCCUGUAUACAUGAAUGCAUGUUAUGUGUGGUGUUUUCUUUCAAAAGUCUUAUUUUUUUAAGCUACUUUUAAUAUUAGUUACUUGUAUCAUAUAUAAAUUGAACCCCUUAAAUGUUACAGAAAAGUAAUGAUGAACUUAUGCUGCUGUUUUGUUCUGCUGUUUACAACCAAUAAAUAAAAGGGUUCAUAUCGUGUUGCCACAUGAAA